CUUUACUACUUUUACGUCGCCGUAUUGAGUAUACUUGGUAUACCUACAUUUGUGAAUUGAAGUAAAUAAACUUUUUGUGAUCACUUUCGUAUUAGUGUAUUUUGUGAUUGUUCCGAAAUAUCUUCAGUGUUUUUCAGUUCUAAGAAAAUUUGCAUCUAAUUUUUCAAGAUAACGCAGCGGAUCAUAGAUUGAGAGACGGCAUCGGUGCUAUUCCAAAUCUCCCAAGAAGUGGAAUCUUAUUUGUUCUACAUUGCUUCGUAUGGUUGUGAACUAGCCGAUUAUGGAAGAGGAAGAUGCCGCCGUCAUCCGUAACAGUGGUUGCAGUAGCAGUAACGAUGGGAAUAGCAAUCCACCAAAGAAAUCCAAACUGUGCGUCGAUAGCUCUCGCUCGCUACCACUAGUAGAGAAUGCUUCAGAGAAGUUCAAGGAAUCAGAAAGUACGGCAGAAAACCCCUCCGAAGUUUCACCGCUUCCAACGAGUACAAUGAGUACAGAUGAAGACGAUAAUGUCAUAGAAGAUGCCCCAAACGUGGUUCCCGCGACGACCAGCAUAGAACAACGAAACUCUCCAACUUUCGUAUCGAACGCUGGAGAAGAAAGCGAACAGGUGCAUAUUGAUGAUGACGAUGACGAUGAUGAUAUAGCACGCGAAGUAUCGACAGAUCGUAAUGUCAGCGUUCCCUUAAGUGCAGCCGAGAAUACAGCUAGCGGUGAGAGGGAUGAAAAUGUCGAUAGAGGAAAUGCUCAAACACCCUCUGUCGAUGUAGAAUCUGGUGAAGUAUCCGGUGAAGUCCGUCCAUCAAGAUUCGACCAGGAAGAAAGGCUUAGAAGAUUGAUCGAAAGCAUGAUUGCAGGGUCGUCUUCUGAAUUGGAUUCCGAUGAUGACUCCGACUAUGAUGGUGAUAACGAUGAUAAUAACGAUGCCAGCAGCACAGCAUAUGACUCUCCAACAGAUGAUUCUGAUUCUCGUUCAUCUCGGGCGGGUUGGUUGAACUUUCGCAGGAAUCAGAAUAGUACUGAACGACCGACUCGAAUUAAUGAAGAAGACAUCGGUAACCUUCGAUUCAUGCAAUCUGCCAAUGUUACGAGCAACUGGAAUUGUGCCCGGGCGAUUCAGCUGCGGUCACUUGGCCUCUCGUAUCAAUCGAAAGGACCAUUCGACGCAACACGUUACAACUCGAACCAAUUUCAAUCCCGCGCAUAUGCGUCGAAACGUACGGUCCAGAUGUUGACUUUGUUAUGUCGAUUGCGGAAACACAGCGGAUGUGUGAAUAGUUUGAAUUUUAACGCAUCCGGAACACUGCUUGCGAGUGGAUCUGAUGAUUUAAAUAUAAACAUUUGGAACUGGCGAUUGAGUAAAUUGGUACGGUCGAUCCGAAGUGUACAUCAUUCGAAUGUGUUCCAGACCAAAUUCGUAGAAACAAGUGGGUAUCGCGAUGAAAUUGAGAUAAUAUCUACAGCUAGAGAUGGACAGGUACUUCACACUCGAAUUGGACCGGCGGGAGACGAUACCCAAACCGUUCUUUUCAAUCAGAAACAAGCGAUCCAUAAGGUUGCGAUUCCUGCACAAUCGCCGUUCGAGUUUUUGACGGCGUGCGAGAAUGGUUCGAUAAACAGCUACGAUUUACGUGAGAAAAAAGUGAGGAAAGUGGCUUACGUUAAGACGCGUCUGUACAGUAUCUCCGCCCAUCCACUGGAUAAUGAGUUUUGCGUUUCGGGUGGUGAUGCGGCCGUCCGGGUGUAUGACCGUCGUCGUUCUUCGAAACCAAUGAAGUAUCAUUUCGCUGCUCAUCUACAACACAGAUCCAACAAUUUCGCUGUAACAUGUGCUGUGUACAACCAUAACGGGAACGAAGUUUUAGCCAGCUAUAGUGAUGGUGAUGUUUUCCUGUUCAAUAACGUGUCAUGUCAGCCAGGCUCGUUUCUGCACAGAUAUACCGGUCACAUGAACCUGAAAACCAUCAAAGGCGUCAACUUUUUCGGUCUUCAAUCAGAGUAUGUGGUUAGCGGCAGUGAUUGUGGAAAUAUUUUCUUCUGGGACAAGAACAGCGAAGUUAUUGUGAACUGGAUAAAAGGUGACCGGGCAGGGGUGGUAAACUGCCUAGAGCCUCAUCCGGAAUACCCGAUACUGGCUACUUCUGGGCUAGAUCAUGACAUUAAGAUUUGGGUGCCCAAUGGUGUGGAUGAUGAACACGAGAUGCCAAACUAUUCUCAGGAAUCACUCGAAACGUGUGUGAGGGCUAACCUACAUUUUCGUAGCAUCAAUGAGUAUUUGCCGUCUAACUCAGAGCGCUUACUAGAGAUUCUAAGAUUUAGCCCUAGAGUCGAUUAUAGAUAUUCUGACGCGGGUGGUCCCGACAGUGACAGUGACAGUCGGUCCGGAGAGGACAACAACUUCGACCAAAUGGUUCUACCGUGCAAUCCAUCGUAAGUUUUCCUGCCGGAAAAUUUGAAUAAUGUCAUCGUUCCGAAAGCAGAAUGGUGGUCAUUGGUGAAUGUGAUUUUUAAAUGUUAUUUUGUUUACAAAGCAAACGAAAACUGUAUUUUCAGGAAUGUGAAGAGAGUACUUUCCCGCUAUUUCCACAUUAUCGUAACUUCAGUGAUUAUUACAUAUAUGUUGUGUUGCAUCCACCUGAAGAGAUACACGUUAAAUUCAUUUUUUGCGGUUUUUUUUCGCUGAGGAACUUCGAGAAAUGAUCGAAUUUAAUUUGUUGUAGAAAUAUAUGGAUUAACACAUG